CUCUUGAUGAAAUUGUUGAUGUUAACACUCUCGAAGUGCAUGUUGAAUGUCUUGAUCAGCUUGUGCAAAUUUAUCAUCACUUGAUGAUAGCACCACACGUGCAGUUACAAUCAGAAGCUAUCAAAAAUCUUUGCAGUGCAUUAAAACAGAAAAUCGAUAGACUUAAUUCAUCAUCAACUUCAAGCAGAAAUUGCUUAAUCCAAUAUGAAAGUACAGGUGGGAGAAGAUGCAUGGUGAUACCUGUUACAAUUGUGAGAAAUUUGCGAGAGGAAGGACUUGGUUGGUCAAGCAUUGCUGAAAUUUUUGGUAUUUCUGCCAGAACUUUGCAAAGACGACGAAAUGAAUUAAAUAUUCCUGACGAUUUCACGUAUUCAAAUUUGACCGAUGCAGAGUUAGAUAACAUUGUAGGAGAAAUAAAAAGAGAAAACCCAUUUGCUGGACAAAUAUUAGUAAUGGGUGGAUUACAAAACAAAGGACUACGAAUCCACUGCCAAAGAGUCCAUGAAAGCUUACACCGAGUAGACCCAUUCGGGACUGCUAUGCGUUUACAAAAUUUGAUCCCACGAUGGAGAUACAGAGUGGCUGGACCUAAUGCACU